AUCAAUAAGUAUUGUAACAGCGUUGUAUAUGCACACAGCAUAUUACACAUUAGACGAUAUUUGCUCACUCAAAGUGAGAAGCUAUUUGCAAUUCCGUUAUCGCUACAAAAAGGAAUAUAUAAGGUUGUCACUUCAUUCCACAGCAUCAUACAACAUUAUUAAAUGCAAAUAUGAAGACGUAUUUAGUAUUCGCUGUUGUUCUGUUGGUGGCUGUUGCCACCUUCGCCCAAAGCAACGAGCUCAGCCAAAACGAUGAAGUUGUAGAAAUCUUUCCAAAUGAACCAGUGCACAUGUUACAAAAGAGACAGUUGAACAGGUUACCUAGUUGCCAGCUGUGGGAGUGUUCCUCUAACUGCAGGAGACGAGGCUUCAAAGGUGGCUACUGUGCCUAUACUGGUUGUUCAUGCUACUAACGAGGGGACUAACAAUUAAAAGGGCUAAAAAGUAUUAUAAAAUGAUAGCGUAAUUUUGAUAUUUGCUGUAUUGAAGUUUUAGCUACUUAUCAAAUAAUAUUUUAUUUAUUUAUAUUCACUUGUGUAAAGCAGUUACAUGGUUUGAAUAUUUCUUUUAUCGAAACAAAAAUUCACUUGUAAUGUUUUUUUCUUGAUGUGGUAAAUAAAUAGUUUUAUAUU